AAACGGAGCGCAGAUGUCUUAAAAACCAGGAGUGCUAUUAUCACUCUCCGAGUGGCAUGGUGUCAGGCGCUCCGUAUCUAUGCCGCCUGCGUCUCCUCGCCUUUCUCUCACUCUACGCGACCACAAGCCGACUCCUCUCGGCCCUCCCUCCCACAAAAUCAAAUCUCUCCCAUCCCCCCCGAAAGCUAGGGUUUUUCCUCCUCUCCUUCCCAACCUCUAAUUCUUAAUCUCUGGCAUUCCAAGAUCCGAUCUUUCCUCCUCUUCUGUUCGUCUGGAAGCCCCCUUGCUCGAAAUUCCCCCAAAAUUUGUUCUUUUAGAGGUUUUCUUAGGUAAUUUCUGGCGGUGUUAAGCUUUGGAUCCGGCUCGCGUUGUCCUUUUCACGGCUUGGGUGUCGGUGGAAUCCUAUCUCGUGAUUGUAGGGCGAUUUUUUUUUUCUUUUUUUGGUUAGAAAAUGGCCAUCGAAGAGAAGAGAUGCAGUGGCUUUGUUAAGCUGGAGGACUCGUCUGGUGAGGGGUUAAUCACUUACAAGAGGAGGAAGCGUGGCAGGUCAAGUUCGGACGCCUGCCAGGUUUCAAACAUGCCUUUGCAUACAGGGAAAAAUCGGGAUAUUGGGUGGGAGCAUGGAGUGAUAGUUGAUGGAAUUAGGUUUCACUGGAAGUGCAAUUGGUGUGGCUUGGUUAGAAAUGGUGGUGGGGUUUCUAGGCUUAAACAACAUAUUGCUGGUACUUGUGAUGUUAAAAAAUGCCAAAAGGUUCCAGAGGAUGUUGCAAAAAGCAUGAUGAACCAUCUGAUAGAAAAGAAAAAGCACAGAAUGGGGAAGGUAGCUGCACGCAAUGGUAUUGAUAGGAUGAAGUCCAAGUUUGAUCAUGAAGAUGUUUUAGUUCAUAAGGAUAAUUUAAAAAUUGACCUGGAGAUGCAGGGGAGGAAUGCCAGCCAACUAUCUAAGAGAGCCACUAAACAAUCUGGGGUUGCUAGUCAGCGGUCCAGGACUGCGACUCAACGAUCAAUGACAACUACUCAGCGGUUUAAGAUUGGCAUGGCUAAGGUAUCUAAUCAGGAUAUGAAGCAAGCUCAUGACACGGGUUUGCACAGUAGUACCUAUGAGCAAGAUGAUCAUGCUAGAAUACAUAGUCACUGGAGACAAGUACUGGAACACUUGCUGCAGUUGCCAGAUGCGAGCGAAGGUAGUGGUAUUCAAGGCUGCAUCCGUGAUGCACUCAUUUGUGGUCCUUCUGGGUUCACCAGGAAGUUCAAGAUGACUGAUUCCCCCUGGGACACUACACAGCCAAAGGACAGAUAUAAGGGCCUUAAUGAAGUUAAAAGUCAGUCUCAAAGACUGGGUGGUGCUGCCUCAGAUGUAUCAAAAACUGGGGCUUCAGAUGUAAAUGCCAACACUAUAAAGUGCCAAAAUGUUUUCCUUGAUAUUCUACGGUCAGAGAAAUUUGCUUUAUUGUGUGAUUUACUUUGUGUAACCUUGCAAGACAACAAGGGUGAGAGAUUCUUUGACUUUAGCCUGAUAAAUUCAAAGAUGAAAAAUUGGGAAUAUGAGAAGUCGCCUGGAUUAUUUGAUCAAGAUAUGCAACAGGUAUGGGAUAACUUUCAAAAAAUUGGCCGAGAAAUGGUUCUUCUAGCAAGUAGUCUUUCAAACAUAUCACGGGCAUCCUAUCAGAAGCAGGUUGGACAAGACUUAGUUGAUGGGGCGGGCGAACAUAAACUUGAGGAGACUUAUCGAGCAGGUGUUGAACAAGUGAAUUCUGUGGAAUCAUAUACCACAAUGCAGUUAGCUUCAUGUGAGUCAGACCGUUCCACCAAACCCGAUCAAACUAAGGCCUCCAGUCUAUACAAAGUUUGCACUUGCAAGAAGUGUGGCACUGAAGCGAAUGGCAAGCAGAGCCUCAUCUGUGAUGGAUGUGAAGCAAUGUACCAUUUCUCUUGCAUUGAACCUGCGAUCAAAGAGAUCCCAACUCGAAGUUGGUACUGUUCUGCCUGUCGUACAAACAAGAGGGAAUCAUCUGAGCCUACCUCUGCCCAUAUCCAUCCAGACAGCUCGCACCAGAAGUGUCCAGUCUGUGAUCGAUUAGAAUUUUCAGAAACAAAAGAAGAAAAUGAGAGUGGAAGCAGGACCAUGAUGGCUAAUGACUCCAGAGAAAGCUCAGUUUCAAAUAUGGAGUCUGAUGAGUCGCCAGAAUUGUCAAGGACUGCUAUGUCACGGUUGUGCAAGCUAUGCGGAACUUGUGAGGAUGAAGAUAAGAGAUUCCUAGUUUGUGGUCAUAUUCACUGCCCCUACAAGUUCUACCAUAUCAGAUGCCUGAAAACUAGUCAGAUAGCUAGUGCACAACAACAAAACAAGCCUGGUUGGUACUGCCCAUCUUGCCUCUGUAGAGCUUGUCUCUGUGAUAAAGACGAUGACAAGAUUGUCUUGUGCGAUGGUUGUGAUGAGGCUUACCACACCUACUGCAUGAAACCACCUCGUACUUCUAUUCCUAAAGGCCAGUGGUACUGUAUUCCAUGCAAUGUGGCCAGGGCCAGAGAAGGGAUGAGAAGGUAUGAACAAUGGAUCUUACAACGUCAUAGGAAGAACAAUGUAAGGCAAGCUAAUGAGGCCAAUGAGUCUAUGGAUUUGCUACUGAGUGCAGCUGAGAAGCUGAGCUCCGAAGAUCAAUUGGUAGCUGGGAAGAAAGAUAAGUAGAUUACCGCACUGCUUGCAGCGUUGUGCUAUAUGCCAAAGGAUUUUGAUUUAGUGAUGGCUAAAUUAGGAAUCUUUUCUUAAUAUUCCCUCGAUGUAUAUGGGUGUUUCCUCUUCCAUUUGUAACUUUAAUUAGAUCUUAGCAUAGAACGAUUUAUGAUAUAAGGGUUCUGCCAAAGGGGAUAUUAUUCCUCGAGUGAGAAUAUUAAUGCUUGACAUGUAUAAUGGCAGGAACUGCUGCAGGAUAAGAAUUAAGAAAGGAAUUGGAAGAAGCUGUAUUCUGUAGAUUUCUUUUCUUAACGGUGUGUGAUAACAACUAGAGUGACAUAUAUCUUUUAUCUUUUUUUUUCCUUUUUUCCCUGAAGUUUCCCACUGCUGUAACACAAUUGCUGUAUCUUGUUAAGAGCAUUCUUAGAGGACAUGUAACCUAUGUAAUUUCCAGUAUAAUGUACUGAAUUUUUCCAGGGAAGAAUGUUAGUUUUUUCUACUCAAAUGCUUUCAUUUAUCCAGUAAAAUGCACUGCAUUUUUCAGUGAAGAAUGCUAACUUUCCUAUUGAAAUGUCUAAUUUUAUCUUGAACUAUAAAAGAUCAGGAAACAAUUAAUAUUCUGAAAGCUGGAUUUUCCUAAUUUACACUUACUCUUGCUUUCAUUUGAUCAGCAUGUAGCUGCAGUUUUAGAUAAAAAUGUUAAUGGAUAAACAAUCUCGGUUCUCUAUUUUCGAGGGAAAAAUGAGGGUUGCAGCCCACCAAAUUUAAUUAGAGUAGGGAAAGAACACUUGUCCGGAAGGAAGGAUAGUAAAUGGUUGAAACAGAAUAGAAAGGAGAGUUCAACAACUUUGCAACACAUUCAAAACUCUGCAAGGAUUUUUUUUUUUGCACAAAAUUCCUAUCUCUAAACCAGCAAAUGGCUUGCUGGAGGACCAUCCCUUUAGUGUUUAUUCAAGAAAAUAUGAUUGUUCCUUCCAUAUGCUUUGACAAUCUCAGACAUUGCCAUUCAGUUAAAAGCUUUAUUGUCACCAUACUGAAAAACAAUGUAAUAUUUAAUUCUGAUUACUAAGUAAUAAAAUUUAAUUUUUCUGCAUACAUGUGCCCUGCAUGUGAUAUAAUGCAUGGAUGACUGUAGUCUUCUGUCUGAGUAGAGAUUUUUUUUUUUUAAUUUUCUGUGACUUGAUAAAUAUGCUAACUUUUGGCUAAUGCAUUCUUGUUUCUUUCUCUACAACCAAGCCAAGAUAGUGUAUUAAUUGAAGGAAGGAGUAUCCUGUGGAAGGAAGGUGAGAAUAUGCUAAAAAUAGCGAAGCAUGGAGGUACACUGCUUUUAUUUUUUAUAAGCUGUGUGGACACAGAUUCAUCUACGGGACUGGAUAUGUGGAGUUCACCAUCUAUUUGAGCUUUCUUUAAAGUAGUAGAUGAAUGAUGCAUGAAUUACCUGGAGGAAUAUCUUAUGAUAUUAUAUAAUUGUUUGCUUUGACAGGGCACUUGUAUCAUUGGUGGAUUGUGUAAACGGUGUUUGAUGCCUCGUUUAAGCAAUUUGUCUAGGUUAUGUGUGCCUGAUGACCCUGUGGAGGACUUGGAGUGGUUCCCGGCCCUCUACGAUGACUCACUGGUAUUCAACUUACUACCCAAUGGUGGAGACAAGAAGAGUGAGCUCUGUGAUGCUUUAACUGAUUGGGAAGUGCCCAAGAAGCGGAGGACCAGACAGGUUGGACGAAGAACAUGGUCUUUAGACCCCCCGGAGCGCCUUCUCUAUGGCCACCUGUUAAAGGAUGGUGUUCAUUUCGACAUGCUGAAGAAGUGCACCCACUGCAUCACAAGGGAGACGCCACUAUGGAGGUCUGGGCCUGAUGGGCCCGGGACCCUCUGUAAUGCUUGUGGAAUCCGCUACAAGUCCCGGCGGCUCCUGCCAGAGCACCAACCUGCAUCGAGACCUGCCCGUGGUACUACUGGUUAUGCAGCCACUCACAAGAAGGUUUGCAAGGUGAGAAGGGGGAGGAAAAGCAAGAAGAGCAAUGGCCAUAUUUACUGAAAAUAUUUGCAGUACUUAAAAGAGUCAUAGUCUAGUUUAAAAAGGAAAAAAUCUGUGUUUCUCAUUUCAUAUCUUCAUAAGUUUCUCAAGAACCUUAUUUAGGUUUGGUUCUGUUUGAUGUCGGAGUUGGAAGCUGUUGUGUUUUUUUGGGCAGAUACCUUGUAAUGGGUCAUGGUUUGUAAUGCAUGUGUUUGUCU